AUCUCACAUUUUUUUCUAUUAUUUUAAUUUCUGUUCUGUUUCUGUAGCCUUUUGGCUUCCUACAAAUUAGCAAGCAGACAGUACUCUGAUGUGUGUGUGUGUGAGAAAGCAAGAAUGAAAUUUGGAGAAGAAAAGAAUUUUUACCUAAUGGUAAAUUAAAGCGGUUAAUUUAUUACACAUGUAUGUUUAAGAUUUUACAACUGCAUAAAGUAUUUGGCUUCUUGUUUGCUUUAGUUUUCUUUAGGAAAUUUACAGAUUGUGAAGAGAGCUUCUUAUAUUUAAAAAAUAGAAAUGGGUAUGGGAAAUUUUUUGGACUUUAAAUGUACAAAGUAAACAUCUACCUGUGUAUACAGUACUAAUAAUAUUACAAAUAAGAAAUGUAUACAUUUUGCACAAUUGAGGUUAAGUGAUCUUUAUAGGAAAAAUAUUCUUAAUUAGUAUCUUCAAGUAUUCUUUUAAGAUAACUUUAUUUUUACUGUGAGAUGAUUGUUUCAUCUUCAAUGUAUAGUGUGCUAUGCAACUGGAAUUUACUUGUUUAAAUUGGUUCUUUUUGGAGGGUAAUUGAAGAAAAAAUCAUGGUAAGCAAUUUUUCAAAGCAUCCGUCAAGGAAAUAAUAGGAAUAGGACCCAAGGGUCUUACAUGUAUUUGUUAAAUUUUUAUGACUGCUUUAAAAGCUAAUUAUUACUAAUAUUUUUAAGUAACUUACUUUUUUACAGAACCAUUCAUAUAUAAUAGACUACGUUGAAUUUUGGUGUAUAAUUAACUUGAGCACUAUGGCAUGUGUACAUGGAUUUUAGAAUUGGGUUAUUAUAAAUUUAAAUGCCCUUACAAGUAGAUAAUUCCUGGUGGAUGAUGAUAACAUAUUUUACAACAUUAAAGUUUCCAAGACACAAUUUAAUGGGCUUUCAUGUGUAAUUUUAACACCUCUUAUAGUAACCAGGUUAAUAUUAAAACAAUUUAAUGUAUAUAAGCAGUUUGCUGCAUUUUCAGGAUUUUAUUCCUAUUUCAGAAUGUCUGUUCUGGAAAGUCAAAAACAUUUUAGUCAAAUACAGUGAGUACCAGGCUGGUAUUUUUGAAGUUCCAGAAUAGGACAUUCUGGCUUUUUUUCGGAUAAAUUUGAAAGGGUCUUCAUCAUGUUUGGGUGUAAGGGAAAUAAAAAUUGAUUAAAGUUAAUUAUCUAUUUAUAUAUGUCUUUAUCUGGAGUUCUGUAGAAGUACAGUGAGCCCCAAAUUGGAAAAUGAAUUAGGAAUGAAGCUGAUUAAUGGUUUAAUACUAUAUAGUUUAUAUUGAAAUUUCAUACCAAGAAACCUCAUUAAAAGAAAAAUCAAGUAGAAAGUUUACUAAACUGGAAUAUAAUAACUGAAAAUUAAACCACCAACAGCAAAGGGUCUUUUAUUAUAUCAGAUCCCAUUGAAUUGGAUAGAAUUUUUUAGCAGUGUUGCUUUGUUGGAACCUGGCUAUAUUUCCAUAGAAUGUUUCAUGUAUCAGAUAAGCCCUGACUUGUCGUAAAUGGUCAAGGUUAUGGGCAUGUAGAUAUCCCUUUUACUGUUUGUUUUACUUCAUAGAGAUGAAUAAAUGCACAGUUUUUUUUUUAAUAAUUUCUAAGUAUUUUUAAUAUUACCAUUUAGAGACAAAGCUUUGCUAUUUCACACAUGAAAAUUUAAGCAUACUUUCAUAGUAAUUUAGUUAUGUGUAAGUAAAUAUUUCGGAACAUAUUAGAAAAACCUUUAGAUAUCAUUUUUCAUUAGUUAUAUUAAAUACAACAGAGAUGAAUUUAUGGAACCUGAAGAAUUUCAUAUUGAGCUGCUAAAAGUCUGAUCAUGCACUGCCAGGAAAGAAAUAAUGCAUUAUUGUACUAAAAAAGAUAGCAUAGUGGGUUUGAAAUAAACCCAAGGAAAGCAUUACAGUGGAGGAAGUUCUAUUAAGAAUAGAUGUGCUGUGGUGUGGCGAGCAGUCUGCUCUGCACAUCACCGAGUGCAUUCUUUCCUUGAUGUCCUAGAAAUAGUCAUGAUGUAAAUGAGAGGAAUCAUAGAAAAAUUUUUUUUAAAAGUUUUUUAAUUUGCUGUUUUUUUAGUUCAGACAGUGACAUGAGAAAUCCUAAUCUGUAAAAGUAAUGUUUGAUGUGUAACAGGUACAUACUUACUAAGCAUUAACUAUUGUUAAUAAAACAUGCCAUUUCAAAAUAAAAUAUACUUUCAUUAUACUUGUCUAAAUAUGAUCUCUUUUUGUUGUUGCGUGCAUUUCAGAUUUCUUUUUAUAAAUGUUAACACUUACGAAAGAUAAGGUCAAACAUUAACAAAGGUGUCAGCCUAAUCAUCAGUCAUAACUUUAUGUCCACAUUUUCUGGUAGAUGGAUUUUGACUAUUAAUUUGGUUUUGUAUGUUUUCUCUAUGUGAUAUUUGUGCAUUAUUAGAUGACUAGACUGGCCAAGGCAGACCUGUUACACUUGCCUGAGUUAGGCAUUGUUUGCCAUGCCACUAAACCUGCCGUCAAGUGAAACCUUCAUUGGGGAAAUGAGAUCGGAGUCUGAACCGCAGAAGAUGGACGCCCUGUCUCUGUUUUUUUAUUGUUUUACUUUAAUUUCAUUUCUUUUUCUUUAUUUUGUCCCUUUUUUUUUGUUUUUGUUUUUGUUUUUGUUUUGUUAAAUCUCUCUCACUUUAACUUGUGAGCUGGUUUUCCAGUUCUUUGUAAAUGGUAUUCCAUUAAGGUUCAUAACGUGUUGCAAAUUAUAUUGGGAGAUAAUUAACACAGCUCAACCUUAAGACAGAAUAAAUUUUUCAUGCAGUAAAUUAAAAUAUAGUGUUGAGAAGCUAGUGUGAGUCUUAAUUGGUGUUUGUAGAUUGAUCAGGUACAUUUUAUACUUAACAUUAAAACACUUAUAAGGAUCUUAGGAACACUUCCUGAUCUUAGUGUAACAUUUUUGUAGUUUCCCUCCCCACUCCAAGACUUUAUCUCAUAAAAAUUAAUGGAUGGCUUUUAAUUUUCAUCCGUCCCCCUAGAAUUCUAGGCAUACAAAAUCAUCAAGGAAAAUAAGCAAAUUUCUUACAGUGCAUUGGUAUGGGGAAGGUCUUUCAUUUUAUGAUUGUUCAUUAUACAUUUUAUUUCCUUGUCUUAUGAAGACUUUGUUGCCUAUGUGGGGAAAGGAUAUUUGAGAAAAUAUUGAUUAUAAAUUUGUGUGCGUGUUUUUCUGUUUGCUUGAAUUUUUUGUUGAAAAUUCUUCAGAGGUUACCAGUUUCUAAAUAGCUUCCGAGGUUAGGACUCAAGUAAUAUGAGAGAUACUAUUUUUCUCUCCAUUACUAAGGAAUAUAGUUUGGGGAAAAUGCUAAAUCUGAUUGUUUAAAUACUUUUAUAUACUCUGAUAUUAUUUAGAGGAUAAAUUUGAUAGGAUUUUAUUUUGGAAAUUGAGCAAUGGAACUUUUUCUUAAAAUACCUUUAAUAGAAUAAGACAGGUUUAAUUGAGCUUAGAGUUCUAGAUUACUCUCAUGAAAGGCAAUGAUAAUCUGACAGACUACUGGUAUUGAAGCCAAAAGAGACUUUCUAAUACUAAGUGAUCAACUUUUGGCCCAUUUAAUCCCCUUUUUGUUUGUAUAAUUUUUCUACACUGUUUUUAUGGAUAGUUUGGCUUAUGACAAGUAAUAUUAAACUUGGAAAUCAUCUUUUUUUUUUAGGUGUAUAAAUUUUAGGGUACUGAAGCAUAGAGUUUUCACCUCAGGACCCCAGUUUUAUUAAGGAUAUUCAGAUUUUAUAAACCUUUUUUUAAAAAAGUCUACGUAACAGAUAAAUGAUGCAGCCAACACGAACGGUUGUCAUGUGUAACACAACUUUCGAUCACCGCGAAAACACCGUCCUGGGAAAGCGUCCAUGCUUGAUAUCGUUUGGUUCAUGAACAUUAAGUUUCCAGUACAGGUAAAAUCCCAGAGGAAUCGAAAGCACUCUCUUUAUUGGCUCCUGCUCCAACUAUGACAAGUCUGAUGCCUGGUGCAGGAUUGCUUCCCAUACCAACUCCUAAUCCCUUGACUACUCUUGGUGUUUCACUUAGCAGUUUGGGAGCUAUACCAGCAGCAGCACUAGACCCCAAUAUUGCAACACUUGGAGAGAUACCACAGCCACCACUUAUGGGAAAUGUAGAUCCUUCUAAAAUUGAUGAAAUUAGGAGAACAGUCUAUGUUGGAAAUUUGAAUUCCCAGACAACAACAGCUGAUCAACUACUUGAAUUUUUUAAACAAGUUGGAGAAGUGAAGUUUGUGCGGAUGGCAGGUGAUGAGACUCAGCCAACUCGGUUUGCUUUUGUGGAAUUUGCAGACCAAAAUUCUGUACCAAGGGCCCUUGCUUUUAAUGGAGUUAUGUUUGGAGACAGGCCACUGAAAAUAAAUCACUCCAACAAUGCAAUAGUAAAACCCCCUGAGAUGACACCUCAGGCUGCAGCUAAGGAGUUAGAAGAAGUAAUGAAGCGGGUACGAGAGGCUCAGUCAUUUAUCUCAGCAGCUAUUGAACCAGAGUCUGGAAAGAGCAAUGAAAGAAAAGGCGGUCGAUCUCGUUCCCACACUCGCUCAAAGUCCAGGUCUAGCUCAAAAUCCCAUUCUAGAAGGAAAAGAUCACAGUCAAAACACAGGAGUAGAUCCCAUAACAGAUCCCGUUCAAGACAGAAAGAUAGACGUAGAUCUAAGAGCCCACAUAAAAAACGCUCUAAAUCAAGGGAAAGACGGAAGUCAAGGAGUCGUUCGCGUUCUCGGGACAAGAGAAAAGAUACUCGAGAAAAGAUCAAGGAAAAGGAAAGAGUGAAAGAGAAGGAUAGAGAAAAGGAAAGGGAAAAAGAGAGAGAAAGGGAAAAAGAGCGUGAAAAAGAAAAGGAACGGGGGAAAAACAAAGACCGGGACAAAGACCGAGAAAAGGACCGGGAAAAGGACAAAGAAAAGGAAAAAGAGAGAGACAGAGAAAAAGAGCAUGAGAAGGAGCGAGACAAAGAGAAAGAAAAGGACCAGGACAAAGAGAAAGAACGAGAAAAGGACAGAUCCAAAGAAAUAGAUGAAAAAAGAAAGAAGGAUAAAAAAUCCCGAACACCACCCAGAAGUUAUAAUGCAUCAAGAAGAUCUCGUAGUUCCAGCAGGGAAAGGCGGAGGAGAAGGAGCAGGAGUUCUUCCAGAUCACCAAGAACAUCAAAAAACAUAAAAAGGAAGUCUUCUAGGUCUCCAUCCCCUAGGAGCAGAAAUAAGAAAGAUAAAAAGAGAGAAAAAGAAAGGGAUCACAUCAGUGAAAGGAGAGAGAGAGAGCGUUCAACUUCUACAAGAAAGAGUUCUAAUGACAGAGAUGGAAAGGAGAAGUUGGAGAAGAAUAGUACUUCAGUUAAAGAGAAGGAGCACAAUAAAGAACCAGAUUCAACUGUCGGCAAAGAAGUAGAUGAUAAGGAUGUACCAAGGACUGAGGAAAACAAAGUACAGCAAAAUGGGAAUUGUCAACCAAAUGAAGAAAACCUCUCUACCAAAACAGAAGCAGUAUAGGACAGACUUAUGCACCUCUGCACUCAAAGGUGGAAUAAAAUCCAAAGCUUUUAAUUCUCUCAACAAGAUGUAAACAGGGAAGAAAUCUAGCCGAAUAUGAAGUUAGAAGCUAACAGCUUUUCUAAUUGUUAAGUGAUGUUAUGGACAUCUUGUUACUGAGUAAGAAAAUAAAGCAUGGACAUCAUGAAAAUACCAGAUGUUACCCAAACCCCUCAUCUUCUAAAAACUGUGUUUCCAUGGUGGCUGACACACUUGUCAUGUGAUUGUUAGUGUUUGCCAAGAACCAUUGCAAAUAAAUUGAACAUCAUUGAUCCAAAUUUAUACUUUCCCUAGAGACUGGAGGUAAACAUUGGAGGCUCUUAAAAAAAAAAAAAUGCUAGUUACUGAAUUUUGUAUUGUUUUACUUUUUUUAAAAAAAAUUUCGAUAUAUACAGUUUGAUGAUGUGCUUGAAAUUGGUGCAAAUAUAUACACACCGUUGUAAGUGCAAAGUAUGUAAGAAGUUUUAACAUUUAUUUCACAUGAUUUACAGUGAUUGUGUUAAAUUCUCACUAUUGUGUUUUCUUUUGCUCACUGUUUAGGACAGCAGUUUUUCUUUAAAAUAGUUUUACAAUUAAAAUUGCUUAAAUAAGUGGAUUAAAAAACAACUGACAAUGCAUGCUACUGUUCUCUUUCAAAAGGAAGAGCAACUGUGUUGAAUACUAAUACUAAUGUAUUAGUAUUCAGUGUUUAGAAUCAUUGGGUCUACCCACAAACAAAGUAAGCAUUUCUUUUUGAACUUUCUUGACAUUUCCAAGUUUUAUUAUGAAUAAUAUUGCAGUGUGUCUUGUCAGCUGUAGGUGGUAAGAAUGCCCUCAUAAAAAGGAAACUGGUUUUCAAAAUGGGCUACGGGAGCACAAGCUGAAGCUUUAGUGCCUUCUACAAUGUGGUAUACUGUUUUCUAGAAUUUUAUAUGUGCUAGUCAUUCUCAAUUCAUAUGGAAUCUAUUCACCCCAUAGAGAAGUAUGCAAGUGAUAUGUCAGAAGAGCUUAACUUAGUUCACUUCAUAUGAAAGGAAAUCCUGUUUUCAAGACCGACUUUAGAGUUUAAAACAACAGUGCAGUUUUGGGACCAUCAGUUUUAUAUAUAACUGUGAUAACUGAAAAUGAAACAUGCUCUAUUUUCCUCAAAUCAAAGGAAACCAUUUAGUUGACUACAUUGGAUGGCCUUAAUUUUUACCUCUCAAUCAUUUUCCCAUAAACAAUGUGCAGAAAUUAUACAUAAAGGGAGGACAAGGAAUAUAUGGGAGGUUAUUUGUUUUGUUUAAGACUAUGUUUACUUGAGUUUAAGAUACAGGUCAUCCAUCAUUCACUUUUUACAGAAAGUAUACAAGUAGUAAAAUGACAACAUAUCUAAUAUUUUCCCCCAAAACUAUAACUUGUAGUUUCUGAACUCUUUUCAUUAUUGUUAUAUUUCCAAAAGUACUUUUAAUUAGCAUUUUAUUAAAAAUCAAGUAUAAUUAUUUUAAUGCAAUCUAAUACAAUCAAAUUACUCAGUUGCCUUACCUCAUGGGACAAGUUACUUUUUAUAGAUUUAAAAAGCUGAGUAGCAUGUUAGUUACUUGGUUUCAACUUGAGUCUUCUUUUUAAAUGUUAAUACUGUUGAAACUUAAGUAUUUGAUGGAGAAUGGAAAGAGUUGUUCUUUUUGCAAGUUAUGAAGCCUGGUUUGAUUUUGAAGCUGCUUAAUCAUCUUCAUGUGUUCAGAAUUACUGUGGUGUUUUUUUUUUUUUUUUUUCUCCUUUUUUGUCACUGUGUACAUUAAAAUUUUGGAAAAUGCUUUACUAUGUAAAGUAUAGGUGGUCAUUGUAAUCAUUCAACCACGUAAGGUUGGCUGGUAAACAGCUUAUUCUGAUACAAGAAUGCUUGGGUGCAUAUGGAAAGAUUGUGAAGGAGUGUGUGUCUUGCAUCAACAGCUGUCUUAUUUAUGAUAUGUAAGUAGAAUAGAGCAAAUGUUGUUUGAAUCUGUUAUUUUUAGUACCAUUUCUCUAAUAAAGCUAAGUAUUUUAGAGGAAA